AUGUCAUACGCUGUCAACACAGUUGAUGCUGCGAUGGCCGAGGCCCUUAGACAUCUGAGCCAGAUAUCUACCUAUUUUCGUGAUCGCCAAAACAACGCUGAUGUCGCCAACGAUAUUGGAAGACUGAGCACCAUGAUCGUCAUCAGAUUCUCUGAAGGCAUCAUGAAUGUCCCAGCCACGGAAUUUCUUCUGGUACCGCAGGCAAGAACGCUCACUAUUAAUGACGUCGAGGGUCAAGCUGUUGACAACCCAUCUCAGCCCACAGCGGCCUCCUCAUCGCUUAACGAGGCUCAGCAGGAGAAUCACCGCAGCCUUGUCUUGCAGCAGGCGUCGAUGCGUGACAGGCAGCUUCUUCCGAAUGGCAAUUGGGCUCGAGUGGUUGGCACAGUGCCCGAGGCUUCCACUCAGGCCCAGGCCCAGGAGCUAGUGCAGUAUAUGUCACCCGCGUCCUUGACUUCGAGUGCUCUGUCUAGACAGAGCCAGAAUAGUGAAGAAGAGGCCGAGUGCCGAGAGUUGGGCAAUGCUUCACUCAGUCUCAAUCCACACAUUAUGCCAAACCCAACUGAGGCCAAGGCCGGAGUAAUCCGCAUCUAUGGCAAGACUGCCAGAGAGCAUACUUCCUUUAUUACCACUCGCAUCCACGAGGGUGCGCUGCUCGAGGUUCGCGUCGAGGCCGACGAUAGAACUCGCGUGACCUUCCAGCUUGCAAGCGCGGCUGUCGAGUUUCUGAAGUCCAACCGCGAGAUGCAACAGCUGCUGGGUUACGGUCGUUUCGGCACCGGUUAUCACGUUGAGCUGGCGGAGAUUGUGGACUGGAAUGAUGACCUCCGCCGCAUGAACCAGCCGAUCCGUGAGCGUCGUCGCCUCUCUUUCGCCAGAAAGAGACUUUUUGCGGAGGGAAUGACUCCUGACAAGUGGAAGCAUGAUAUUCGCCAGCUGGCGGGGCCUGGCGCUAUCGACUUUCUUUGGGUUUUCAAUUCUGGUAACGCUACCGCUGUUUUCAACAGCACCAUUGUCGCUCGCCGCGUGCUAGAGACAUUCGAGAAUUGGAAAAACGGCCGCAACGUUUACAGUGGUGUCUCUGUGACCUACUCUUCUGAUCCCUGUGAGAAGGAGCUCGCCUUAGUUCGCGAGAGCCGUGCCAACUUGGGCAGAGGCUAUGUGAAGCGGGUCAUCCGCUGA